AUGAAAAAACGUGAUCAAUUGACUGCUCGUCAACAAAGUACAUUUAUUAUUGCGCCAUUCGGCAUUCAAUUAAGUCAAUGUCCAACAGUGGAUGAAUUAAAAGCAUUGCGUCACCUCUCCGCAUUGAAAGAGUUGACAUUACUUAGAGAGUUGCCACUCUCUUAUGGUAGUAUUUAUUAUUUGAACAAUAUUACGAGUCUUAAAGUUAGAUUCAAUACAGUUGUAUUGAUCCCUCGAAUGAAUCAUUUGAAGCAUUUAGAGAUAUUAGAAAAUCCUAACGAAAAAUCACAAUUUACUGAUAUCCGUGUGGGUACUAUUUGUAAAUUGAAAAACUUGGAAAGUUUUGUAGUAAGAUUUCCAAAUCCAAGACUUCCCCCUGAAUACUUUGAAAAGUUGAGUGUAUUAUCCAAGUUAACAGAAUUGGAAAUUUCAACAGAUUCAUCCAAUGAUUGGGAAAAAGCAAAGUCAAUUUCUACAUUUUCCCAAUUAACCAAGUUAAAUAUUCAAUGUUCUAAAAAUAUUAAUAUGAUAAUUACAUCUGUGGGAUCAUUGAGUAAUUUAACAUAUCUCAAUGCAAGUCAAUGCAACAUUAGUAGUGUAAAUUUAAAAUUUUUGCAAUUAUUCAAAUUGACUAAACUGGAUUUGAGUAAAAAUAAUAUUGGAGGAGAUGGAAUGAAAGUUAUUGCAUUGCUUACAAAUUUGAAAUAUCUUAAUCUCCAAGAUUGCAAUAUCACAAAUGAUUGUAUAACCCAUCUAACUUCAUUAACAAAACUAGUACAUCUCAAUGUGGGUGAUAAUUAUAUUGGAAAUGAGGGAUUGUUCUUAAUAUCUUCCCUAAGAAAUUUGACCUAUCUUUCUGUGGAGAGAGGAACCGGUAGAAGAUUUAACGAAAGACAGGUCGAUAUUGCCAAUCAAGGUAUGGAAAUUAAUCACCAAGGAAUAGCGCAUUUAACUAAUUUACACAACUUGAGACAUUUAGAUUUUAGUGGUAAACCAAUAUGUGAUAAAGGAAUAGAAUUUAUCGGUAAACUGAAUAGCAUUGAAAUUCUCAAUGUUUCGAGGUGUAAUUGCUCUGGAGAUAUCGAAUCUCUCCAAAAAUCUCCCCAUUUGAUCAACCUGAAUAUUGUUGGCAAUCCAAUAGGAGACAAAGGAGCCGAAAUAUUAAGUAGAAUGACCUUAGAAGAGCUUAAUGCAAGAAAUUGUGGAAUUAGCUAUGAUGGUGUAAAAUUAAUUGGAAAUUCUAAAAUCAAAACUGCGUUCCUCCAAAACAAUCCAGGAAUGCGUAAAAAUAACGACGAUAUUACAAAAUUUAAAAAUAUAGUAUCAAAAAAAGAUCAUAGUUGGGAAUAG